CCACGUGAGGGUCGGCUGUUCCAGACUCCGGAAGCAAUGCGCUCAGGUAGCGCCGUCCGGCCCUGCCGCAGCGCCUGCAGGUGCUGGCUGUCCGGGUGUGCGGGCCCUGCAGGUGAUGGGCCGCGGGCGGGUCCCGAGCGUGCAGCGGACGGCGAGGCGCUGGUAGACCUCUGCCGAAGGAGGCAUUUUCUCAGCGGGACGCCACAACAGCUCAGCCCGGCUGCCCUCCUGAGCGGGUGCCACCCGGGCUUUGGACCUUUAGGUGUAGAGUUGCGAAAGAACCUAGCCGCACAAUGGUGGUCCUCCAUGGUGGAGGUCAGGGAGCAGGUCUUCGCGGUGGACGCCCUCCACCACGAACCAGGCCCUUCGCAGCCCGGGGACAGUGCCUUCAGGUUAGUUUCUCCAGAAUGUAUACGCGAAACCUUGCAAGACAAAGAACUGAGUAAGGAACAGCUAGUGGCAUUUCUUGAGAACUUAUUAAAAACUUCUGGGAAACUACGGGAGACUCUUCUUCACGGUGCCUUGCAGCGCUAUGUUAAUUGCCUGGAUCUGGCAAACAGAAGGCUGCCUUAUGGUCUCGCUCAGAUUGGAGUGUGUUUCCACCCUAUUCGGGACACUAAGCAAAUACCUAACAGCGUUAAAAGAAUUGGUGAAAAGACUGAAGCUUCGUUGGUAUGGUUUACUCCUGCAAGGACUUCAAGCCAGUGGCUUGAUUUCUGGUUGCGUCACCGGCUUCUGUGGUGGAGAAAGUUUGCCAUGAGUCCUUCUAACUUCAGCAGCGCCGACUGUCAGGAUGAAGCAGGGCGGAAGGGAAGUAAGCUUUACUACGGCUUUCCCUGGGGAAGGGAGCCGAUAGAGACCCUGUGGAAUCUAGGCGAUCAAGAGCUCCUACACAUGUACCCCGGAAGUGUGUCUGCGAUACAGGGUCGAGAUGGUCGGAGAACCAUGGUUCCUUGUGUCCUGUCUGUAAAUGGGGACCUGGACCUCGGUGUGCUGGCUUACCUCUACGAUUCCUUCCAGCUCACAGAGAACUCGUUUGCGAGGAAGAAGAGCCUUCAGAGAAAAGUGCUGAAGCUUCACCCUUGUUUAGCCCCUGUUAAGGUAGCUUUGGAUGUGGGGAAAGGCCCGACGCUGGAACUAAGACAGGUUUGCCAAGGGCUACUUAAGGAAUUACUGGCAAAUGGGAUUUCCGUGUGGCCUGGUUAUUUGGAGACGAUGCCUUCGUCACUAGAGCAGCUCUACUCACAGUACGAUGAAAUGGGCAUCCUUUUCACAGUUCUGAUCACUGAAACCACUUUGGAAAAUGGACUAAUCCAGCUGAGAAGUAGAGACACCACAAUGAAGGAAGUGAUGCACAUAUCCAAACUGAAAGACUUUCUCAGCAAGUAUCUAACAUCUGCUAAAAAUGUCUAGGCGUUCAUAUUUCUGUAAUAAAUGUUCUCCGUUGUUUGAUUCAUUUUUUAAUUAUCCUUUUGAUAUGUUCUAUUAAGAAAACACAAAUCCUGAUGUGCCAAGUAAGCAAGGCCAGGUUGGCCU